AUGCCAAGACACUAUAAACAAGUAAAACCAGCAACUGACUUUGAAGAUGUGAUUGGAUACAAAUUUCAGAAUCAAGAUUUGCUUCGUCAAGCUUUAACUCAUGCAUCAGCGGUUCAAGAAAAACAUCCAAUGGCAUUUCAUCGUGAUCUUACUUCAUUAGCAUUCGUUGGUGAUGCCGUACUGAAAUAUUCUGUUGCUCGCUUCUUAUUCCUAAAGGGACGAGAUGAAUUAAUCAAAAAACGUAAUGAAUUGCACGAAGGUACACAGAAAGUCGUUCCAAAUCGCGUUCUGGCGGCAAUUGCACAGGAGAAACUUCAUUUAGAAGAAUAUCUUAUACGUGGAAACUCACCACGAUUUGUCUCUAUGAAUAUGUAUGCUGACUGUAUAGAAGCUAUACUCGGUGCCAUCGCUCUCGAUUGUGGACCCAAUCAACAACAAGUCAUUUUCAGUGUCAUUGAAAAAAUAUGUGCUGAUCGAGUUGAAAAAUGGUUGACAGAAACGCCAACUGAUAGAUCUCAACACGGGCUAUCAAAUGAUAUAAAAUUCAUGAUGGCGGAGAUCGAUUAG